UGUAAAGCAAUGUAAACACUUUCAAAACAAAAUGUAGAUCGUCGUCCAGUAGUUGUUAUCAAAAGAUUGCUGCUAUCAUGAAUGUGAAUUGGAUGGACGAUGACGAAGACCUAGUGGCGGCCUUGGCGAUGCACGAAGAGCUGAAGACCGAGGAUGCCGACGGAACACGUCGAGAACUUUUCGACGAAGCCUGCGAUGGCUUCGAUAUGGCCACUGGAAACAACUGGAUAUAUCCCAACAACCUGCCCCUGCGAUCAUAUCAACAAACCAUCGUCCAGUCGGCGCUGUUCAAAAACACCCUGGUGGUGUUGCCCACGGGAUUGGGAAAGACCUUCAUUGCGGCGGUGGUUAUGUACAACUUUUACAGGUGGUAUCCAAAAGGGAAGAUCGUGUUCAUGGCACCCACGAGGCCCCUGGUUUCGCAGCAGAUCCACGCAUCCCAGAAGAUCAUGCCCUUUCCAUCUGAAGAUACGGUGCAGCUAACAGGGCAACUUCCUCGACCCAAACGAGCUGAGCUGUGGGCCUCCAAGCGGGUCUUCUUCGCCACGCCGCAGGUGGUGCACUCAGACAUGCUGGAAGCUGAUGGCGGAUCCAGCUUUCCCUUUGGGUCCAUCAAGUUAAUAGUGGUGGAUGAGGCGCACCGUGCCAAAGGUCGCUAUGCGUACACCCAGGUGGCCGACUGUCUGAUGGCACGUAACACGCACUUCCGGAUGCUUGCCCUGUCCGCUACACCGGGAAGAACCAUGGAGGAUGUGGCAGCUGUGUGCCGAAAUCUAUACAUUUCCAAUCUGCAAGUUCGCUGGGACACCUCGAUCGACGUGCAGCCCUACAUACACAGGCGGACGAUUCGAACCAUAGUGGUCUCCCUGAAAGAGAGAAUAAAGGAGCCGAGAGAACGAUUGCUGCAGAUCAUCGAACCAUACCUACGCCAGCUUACGGAAGCGGAGAUUUUUAAAGGCAACAAGGGAACCGUAAGCAGAAAUAGUUUGCUCUUUGAGCAGAAAAACUUCGUCGAACGAUCAGCGCAAGGCCAGCGGCAUCCGGAUCACAACAUAAUAAUGAGCAACUUCGCCAUGUGCAUCAGCAUGUACCACUCGCUGGACCUAAUGGAGCGGCACGGUCUUCGCGUCUUCGUCAACAAUUUCGAUGCAGACGAGGACGGGCGAGAGAAAUUUGUACUGGCCAGAGAUGGUAAUCUGAGGAAUUUGGUGGAGCAGGUGCGCCAAGAACUCGGCGCCAAUCCCCUAGAUUACACCACGCAUGCCAUGACGAAUGGAGAAGUGCCGCCUUUGCCAUCUGAUCUAGACUUUGGACAUGCCAAAUAUGAGAAGUUGCGACAGGUGUUGGUGCAACACUUUCAGGUAAACCCCGAUUCCCGCGCCAUUGUUUUCUGCGAAUACCGUGAGUCCGUGAUGCUGAUUCACCGUCUACUCCUUCAACAUAGACCGGUGCUCCGUCCUCGCUGUUUUGUUGGCCAGGGCAGCACAGUUGGAGCAAGCUACGCUCUCACCCAGAAACAGCAGCUGCAGAUAAUGACCGACUUUCGAUCCGGCACUAGCAACGUUCUGGUGGCCACGUCGAUCGGAGAGGAAGGCUUAGACGUCGGCGAGGUGGAGAUGAUUGUGUGCUUCGACAUUUGCAGCACUAAUCCCACUAGAUUUAUUCAGCGGAUUGGGCGCACUGGACGGAAAAAGAAUGGAGAGGUGGUUAUGCUAGUGACCGAAGGACGAGAACAGCAGGUACUUAAGGAUGUUCUGGCCAACAAGGAUCAAAUCAACAAGAAGCUAUUGAAUUCGUCCGUUGUUAAAUUUUCGCUUUAUGAGCAAAAUCCUCGAAUGGUGCCAUCAAAAUUUCAACCAAAAUGCGUGGAGAAACACAUGGAGCCAGUUGCUGAGGAGAAACCCAAGCCGAAGUCGUCAGCCAAGACGAAAGAAUCCAGGAAGCGUAAGCAACCAGUUGCACAGACUGGUAGCCUAAGGAAAUACUUCAAAGAAAGCCCUCCAACGGAGAGUCAGCACGGAAUAUUGCAGGGAAUCAAACAAUACCAAAUGAGCGAUGCUUCGCAGCAAUUGGUUAAACAGCAAGUCCUACGGCGCAGCGUAACUCUGAAGAACUUCUUUGGGGAAACUCAGGCCAGCUCGACGUUAACCAGCAGUCAGGAAGAUGUGCAACGCCUCCGGAAACUUACUCGCCUUCUGCAGUCAAACAAGCCAUUGGUUUCAGACUCCAAGGAUCUUAUGAGCCAUCUGCAGGACGAUCACUUACCCAGGCAAAUAAAGCUCUACUUACUCAAAAGUAAUCCCGAAUUUCUGAGGGAAACCCAUUCGAAGAUGCAAAUCCAGAGCGAGUUGAAUAUAGCUGAUGAUCGCUUAAAUAGUCGACAGCGACGCACUAGAAAUAAUUAUCAACUGCUUCUGGACAUUUGUGACGGAAUGGACCAGAUGAAUGAGCUUCUUCAAGGGAAUAAUAGUGGAGCAGAGAUUAGCUUCAGGGAUGAACUAAAUCCAAUGUAUAAUCAGAGCCCGAAAAAGGUCGAUACCAUUUGUGAUAAGAUUUUCGAGGGUCUGAAUGAGCAUGGCCUAAACUCGGACAAUUUUGAACUGAAGCAAGAUCUCUUGGAAAAACUUGAGCUUCGAAAUCUUGAAACCACAGUAAACGAGCAACUGGGUGGCAUUGAAGCUUCCUGGUCAGAAGAAGAGUGGGAUCAACAGGAGGAAGACGUGAAAUUCGAGUCCAUGUACCUAAGCCAGCAAUUGAACUUACCAGACGCGGAUGUUGUCCCCCAUAGCUCAACGCCGCUCAGGGUCAAACCCUUGAGCAAAUUAAAGUUUGAAACAAAUCAUUUUCGAGCCGUGGAAGAAAGUCAAAGAUCAACUCCUAUUCCCAUUGCAGAAUCUUCAGGGGAAUCAAAUCACUGUCAUAUUAAUGAAAAUAGUGAGAUAUAUCCAAUGAGCAUAGGUGAUACGAAAGUUAAGUCGUCUUUAAAUCUGAAAAUACAGGCGGAAUCCAUUGUCGAUGAUUUGGAUAUCGACUUGGAUGAUUUUCUAGAGCCAAUGGACAAGGAACUAGAAUUAGCCUCCCAGACAAAUGGGAAGUCGCAAAAGAACAUCCUAGAUCACCAGACGGAAAAAUUGGAGGAAAGCUGCCAGCAGAAAGAAACAGCACACAACGAUGACCUUGAUCUAACGGCCGAGGACUUGAAAGAAUUUUUAGAGCCGAUGGUGGAAGAAGUGGAGUUGAUGAGCCAACAAAAGGCGAAUGACUUCAAGGACUUUCUCGAGCCAAUGGCAGAGGAGUUAGAGCUAGUGAGCCCGCAGAACAAAAAUAUAUUGCCUCCAAGUACAGGAACGAUUAAAAACUCAGAAAAUCAAAACUUACAUGAGAAUGGCUCCAGAACCGUUUCGCCAGAUAUCUUUGGAUCUGACUCCAUGUCACCUUUGAAGCCCCAAGGAAAAAGUCUGGCCGCCAAAUUGGCAGCCAAGGCAGCAGCAAAGGUUUUGCCUUGCCCACCGCCAAAUUCAGCAGGUCUUAAUUCGCCGGAGAACCGGAAACGCACCAAUUCUUCUAUCCAGGAUAAGUCUCCAAGCAUCUUUGAUAUAUAUUUAAAUCGAAUGCGGGGUCGUGGUCGUCUGGCUAAAGCUGCGGAGAAUCUGCACCGUAUAACUUCAACGAAUCCUACAAUCUCAGUACCUAAAGACGAAGAGGAUUCACCUAUUGCGCGGCGUCCAUCCAAACGAAAGAUUAUUAUAAGUUCCGAUGAGGAAGAGGAGCAGAAGCCACAGGUUGCGGAAACACAAGUGGAUUGCGAGUCCGAUGAUUACGAUCGAAUUCUUGACACGCAAAUGCCUGAUCCGCCUAAGACUCCAACGAGACCUCGACACAAACGUAGUAAAUUCAAUUCCUUUAUUCUGGAUGAGGCUGAAAAAAGCGGGUCGGACCAUGAGGAGGAAGGGGAGACUACCAUAGGCACAUAUCUGAAGGACUCCAUGAUCGUUUCAAGCGAUGAUGAGGACCAUAACGACACAAACACUCAUGCUAUUUACCUUCGUGCACUCAAGAGCCCCAUUCAAAGACCAGGAGCCUUCAAGAUGCCUCCUCCACGAGUUUUUCGCGACGAAUCGCACAUAUUUUCUCAGCCAGUGGAAGACGAUUCCUCGCAGUACAUGCAAUGCUCAUUUAUCGUUGAUGAUGAAAGCUCCACGAUUGAUCGAGGGCAUGAUGUCUCCGAAUGUCCUCUUGAGAAAGCGGAACGUAUUCUAAAGGAGCGAAGAAAGCAACGUCGACUAGGUAAGGUGCCUCCGGCUCCGGUUAAUAAACGGCGUCGAUUACAAACCAUUAGCACCUCAAGCGAUGAAGAUGAUGUUGUUUUAUUCGAUUAAAAGCUACGUCACUUCCCAGUGCCAUUCCAUUGAAUUGUUUGUGAUUUGUUAAACUGUUUCCGAUUUUAUUUCGUUUGAUAAUCUUGUAAAUUUAUGUCAAUACGUGAUCCAGAUCUUUAUAAGUCCAAUUGAUUGUUAAUAUUUGUAAGUCAAGGAAGUACAAUAAUUUAACUGGGUUACAUUGUUUUACGUACAAAUAAUAAAAU